AUGUUAAUCCCGCUCGAUGUACCACAAGGUGCGCAUGUUUCCGUAAACGAGGCCAUCGCUUACGUCGAUGUAGCCGUGAUCAUGUACGGCUUGCCAAGGCUCAGUGGAGGAAACGCCGCAGAUGCGGCAAUAGCCAUGGCAGCCUGCAUUCAGGUUUUGCAGCCCUACAGUUCUGGGCUUGGUGGUGACUGUUUCGCCCUCUACUACAACGCGCACCGAAAGCAGGUGGACUGUGUUGACGGAAGUGGAAGGAGUCCGGCCGCCCUGAGCCUCGAAUUGGUGCAAUCUAAAUGCCAUCAUGACUGGGCGCGUGAGGUGCAGAUGUAUGGACUACAAGCGACAGUGCCCGGUGCAGCAAAGGCGUGGCAUUGCAUUGUCACCAAAUUUGGCUCCGGAAAGAUGAGCAUCUCCGAGCUCUUCGCCCCAGCGGUGCACUAUGCCGAGCGCGGCUUUCCCAUGGACCACGAGAAGUACAGGUCUUGGCGAAUCCGGGAUCUCAAGCUAACGCCCGGCGGGCACUUCUUCCUGAACACAGACAGGCAGAGAUUUGCCAACGAAGGACCGCGUGCGGUGUACGAAGGCCCCGUAGCUGAGCAAAUGGUGGGCGCUGUGGUCUCUGCGGGUGGUGUCCUAUCAACCAAGGACCUUUCAGAUCAUCUAGCUUCAUCAGAGCCUUUGCUGGUGCAACCUGUGAAAACGACAUAUCGCGGAGACGUCACGGUGCACACCACCCCACUUCCCACGCAUGGCGCUGUGCUGCUUGAGGCACUCAAUAUCCUUGAGUGCUUCGACCUGACAGGAACCGACCAAAAGACAACUGAAAAGGACAAGCGCAUCACCCACAUGCCCCUGAGAGUGGAGGCUGGCUUCGACCAGGAGGUGCGAAAAGAGCUGGAGCAACGAGGCCACACUGUGAAUGUUGACAACCCGGACCUACGCUUUUACAGUGCUGGCCACGUCAACGUCUUGUGCCGAGCGUCGAAGUGGUGGACGAAGGAAGAGGCGAGUUCGGAUGAUCGCCAGCUUCAUAUUGACAGCGGUGCCAUCUGGUGUGGAGUAGAGACUCGCUCAUGCUGUGUUGCCCUUGGCUAUUGA